UCAUUUGCCAUUGCCAUUUUUCUAGAGUCUACGACAUCGGAAUUGAAUUAGCUCUUAUUUUGCGACAAACGUAUCACAUUUUCUUUUCAGAAAACCUCAUAAAAGGAAGUCAACAUCCGUUGCAUACAGAUUAAAAAUUUACAACUAAAAACUGCAGAGAGAUACAUGAAAAACCUUCACCGGAAGUUAACUGUCCUCUCGUGCGAUCACACGAGACUAGGGAGAAGGAGGUGUGCAGUAAUCAGAACUUAUUUAAUUCUCUAACCUGGCGUAAUUUGUCGCAUUUCAUAUUAACUGAAAUCGAUUCCGGGUAAGGUCGGGAUAAGUGCAGCUCUGUGCUCUUUUUUAACUUCUCUGAAGCUCUUGUCAGCAACAAAAGGCUGCAAACCAAACGUUAGAAAUAAUGUUCACUUGGUGAAAGGGAAACAUUUAUUGGACGACGCUGUUCACUGCUGGUGUUAAUAGUCAUUGGAGUAAUUUUUCUGAUUCAGAUGUAAUAUUUCACGAUACAGGAUUCAUCUUAUAAUUAUGGACGGUGAUUCCAGUUAUUGGAGAUUGACACGUCGUGUGGCCGCUAGUAGUCACUAAUUAUCAUCAUGAUGCCAGAUGUCAGGAACAAUGCGGAAAAUGUCAUUUUAAUUUGGAGACUAAUUUGAAAUAUUGACAGUGAUCUGCAAUAUCUAUUACUGAACUCAAACCGAUAAGGCUAAGUUCCAGGAGGCAAGUGUGAUGGUAUUUGUGCAUAGCGCUUAUGAAUUUUCCUUGAUGCAUUUCAAUUCCCCAAAGCCAAUAGAAAUGGACCCAAGUAACUCAAUAUAGAAGUUUAAUUCUUGGAACCAAGUUUUGGUGAUACAGCUUGAUUAUUUUAUGGAAUGAAUUCGGCAAAUAUUUGACAAGGGGAUAUACUUUACGAAAGUGAUUAGUUUAAAUUCGGAAAAAUGGAACCGUUGAUCUGUAACGAAACCUCGGCAAACAAAACUGCCACCAGAUCCGAGGCCUGGGGAGCAACGAUAGUAUCUCCAGUAAUUAUGUUUAUAGCCGGUACACUCGGAAACAUUCUUGCUCUAGUUGUUCUUAGAAAGGGAAGGUCUUCAAACAGCAUCUUUUAUACAAUGGUUGCCGGAUUGGCAUGGACGGAUUUGACCGGUAUUAUUCUUACCUCCCCUGCAACCGUUGCCGCUUAUUUAAACGAUCGGAAAUGGUUUGGAGGAGACGAGUUCUGCCGAUUCAAUGGGUUCGUUAUGGUGUGUUUUGGCUUAUCCACACCUUUGAUUGUUAGCAGUAUGGCAAUUGAACGCUAUUUAUCCUUGCGUUGCACUUUUACACAUUCAAAGCUAUUCAAUAAAGGGCGAGCAAAAUUGACUCUAAUUGCUAUAUGGUUAUUUGUGAUAAUUAUCGGAAUUUUGCCGCUAUUUGGAUUUGGAAAGUUUGUUGUGCAGUAUCCAUGCACAUGGUGCUUCUUCGAUUUUCACAGCCAAGACCCUUUGUUGAACGGAUAUGGUUAUCUAUACGCCUCUCUAAAUCUCGCUGUACUUUCAGUAAUGAUCGUCUGCAACACAUACGUCAUGUUCACUUUACUUCAUGUCAGAUAUCUUAAGAAAAAGGCCGAGACAGUCCAAGGAGAAUUGGAGCACCAGGCCACCUCAGGUAUUGCGACAAACAAGAAACGCAAGCAAAGAAACACGGAAAUUCAGAUGUUUGUCCUCAUGUGUUUCUUAACAAUUGUUUUCUUGAUCUGUUGGACACCUUUUAUGGUUCACAUAUUAAUUACAAUAACGAAUGGAAAGCCCAACUACCCAAUGGAUCUAACAACGGUACGGAUGGCGAGCUUUAAUCAAACUUUAGAUCCAUGGAUUUACAUCAUUUUGAGAAGGUCUUUAUUCAAACGUUUCAAGAAGCUAUUACAAAGAUUGGUUUGUUGUGAACAAUCUCGCCCGGAAGUGCACAAAAGACAUGCGCAUGAUAAUCAUUUACGGUGCUACAGGAAGCCAUGUUAUGCUGCACUUCCGUUUCAGAUAGAAGGGCAGGUAACUCCGUCAGGAAGGUGUGUUGUCAAACUCCAAAGGAGACCCCGUAGCUUUAAUAACGAUAUCAAACAGGUGCAUUCACUACCAGAUGUCAUGAAAGACACGUAUUCAAAAAUACCAAAAGACAAACCUAAUCCGGAUGUAACAAGCUCACAACAUGCCCGUGAGCUUCAGUUUCGUUCAAGUGCAAAAAGGUCUCUUUCAUCGAAAAAGGAGAACGACAAAACACCAACAAUUAAAGAAGGUUCAUUGUCAAACAAGAACAGCUCCCACGAGGAUAGUGAUUCGUCGAUGUUGGAACUGAAUGUGUUCAGUAAUGACAUCAAAUCCUCAUCCUCCGGAGACGAGGAGACGGCUGACGUCUUUGUCACAAAGAUUACAGAUCUAUCCAGUGAUAGUCCAGUGGUGAUGAAAAAACUCCAGCGCCCAAAACUAGCUUCGGAAGCCACGUACAUGUAUGAUCGCAUGCAACAGCCAUGUUCUGACGGAUCACACAAAUCCAGAUCACAUUCCAUAACAUGAAAUAUCCAGCGUGGAUUCAAUUGGAAUUUACUACACUACCAGAAUUAUUUUAUAAUUUUAAAAACUUUUUUU